GGGGAUUAGUCUCCAGGCCCUGCCUCCCCGAGCACAGGGCCGCAUGAAGUGGGCGGGGCUGGGCAGCGAGGCCCCGCCGCACCCCAAGGAGCGGGAGUCCGGGGUUAGGCAGCCGCCGCAUGGCAGCGCUCAUGCUCCUCCCGCGGGGCGGCCCGGCCCUGGGGACCCUGCUCCGGCCGCUCUGCUCCUGGGCAGAUGGCCUGCUCCACAACAUGGCCCAGCCCGGUACAUGGGACCGCUUCUACACACAGCAGGACACAGCUGGCACCCCCAGCCAUUUCAACUGGUUCUUCGACUACAGGGCCAUCUCCGGGCUCCUGCUCCCAACCCUGCGGGGCUGCGGCCCCCCUGAACCUAAUCCCAGCCCCACUCGGGUGCUCGACGUGGGCUGUGGCACUUCGGAUCUGGGCCUGGGGCUAUACCGAGACUCCCCACACCCUGUCCACAUCUCCUGUGUGGAUGUGUCCCCUGUGGCCAUCAGGUCUCUUCACCGGCUGCUCCAGGAGGUCCCCCCACCCCGACACCCCCUCUCCCAGCUUCACCUCCAUGUGGCUGAUGCCACUGACCUUGAGGGGGGUGGCUUUGGGGAUGGUACUUUCCACCUGGUGCUGGACAAGGGCACGUGUGAUUCACUGCUGCGCUGCCCCCAGGGGCCAGGCCAGGCUGGGCGGCUGGUGGCUGAGUGCUUGCGGGUGCUGCGCCCUGGGGGCAGCUUGCUGCAGUUUUCAGACGAGGACCCAGAUGCCAGGGUCCCUUUCCUGGAGCAGGCUGGGGGGCCUGGCGUGACAGUGCAGGAAGUCAGGCACAUUGGUGGCAUAUGCUACUAUGUCUACACGCUCUGCCGGCCGGCCCUAGAGACACCAACCACUGGGGCACUGAACUAGGAGGGCACAGGAGACCCUGGACUAUGGGGCCAUGGAUAUGGGGGUGGGGAAUUGGGGACCCUGCCCAAAGGGAGUUCAGGACUCAGGGUUGGGAGCAUUAGGGACUAAGGGGAUGGUGCCUCCAGUUAAUGUGCCAGGGGACUUCCACAGCAGCAUGUGCUCAGGGUGGGGGUGCCCAAGCCAGCUGGAGAAUCAUUAAUAAAGGAAUUAGC